AUGUCACAUACUCUUGACCCCCAGAUAAUCCCGCGCCUCCCCAAUCCCGUCCCUUCAUCCUCUACAGCCAUUCGCUGGCAAGCAGUAGUCACCCGCGACCCGACCGCCUCAUUCGUCUACGGCGUGCUCACAACGAAAAUUUAUUGUCGCCCCUCAUGCGCCGCUCGACUGGCACGGCGCGCAAACGUCGAGUUCUACGAUACGCCAUCUCAGGCUCAACGCGCAGGGUUUCGAGCCUGUUUGCGCUGCAAGCCGGAAGAGACCCUCCAGGCGAUUGCCAACCCGCAGGCCGUUUUGGUGCAGAAGGCACGUCAUACGAUAGAGGCGGAUAUACGCUCUGGCAUAAAACCCACCCUGGCUAGGCUAGCUGGGGAAGCUGGCCUAACACCUAGUCAUUUCCAUAGGGUGUUCAAAAGGAUUGCAGGCGUUACGCCGGGGAAGUAUGCAGCUGCGGCAGCUAUAAGGGCGCGUGGAGUAACGCCUACGCCGUUGGUGGAGGGUACUCCUUCAAAUACUGAGAACAGGGACAUGGACAUGUUUCAACCCUGGGACGAGAUGUUGUGCGCUGGUCUGGAUGCUUGGUCUGUUGGUGAUUUGAGUUGGGGUUGUGGCUCCGGUACUCCCGAGGUUGGAUGUACUGUUGGCGCCGACGUUGAAAAGGCUCUGCUUUGGAACAAUUUUGAUGUUUUAAUAGCUGCUGAGGCUGAGUAUGCAUCCCGCCAGGAGAUCUCCGGGGCCUUGGGAUUAUCUGAUUGGGUGGACCCAACUACCCCGAACUCGAGGUCUGGUGAGGGGAUUGCUUCAUUUGCUGGUGUUUAA